AGUACUUAAGUGGUGAAAGUAAGGGCAGUAGCGAGAGACCUCAGCAGCACUGCGCCGGUAGGAGCUCAGUUCGAGCCCCACACGACCUCAUGGACUCCCUUUAGUGCCCGGUGGCCGCCGGCAGCAGUGACCUCAGGUGUUUCCGUGGAGCAGCACAGCUUGACCAGAGUGUCGCUGAAGGAGCUCCUCUGUUUGUCCAGGGGGGUCGAGUUCGAGUCACUGUCCACGAUGGACGGAACUAUUGAUUAAAUAAUUGCAUAAUUGUCCUUUGUGGGACACUUUGACUUUGUAAAUGGCUUCCUGAGCUGCGCUCACGUGGUCCAGGUCCUGGGGUUCUGUGGACGGGUCCACCUGCAUUUACUGAACCAGGCCGGAGAAGCCAAAGGACAUGAUGCUCAGAGAGCUGCUUGCCUUGUCCAGGUGUGUGUGGGCUCUGUCCGUGCCGGUGUGGUCCGGCUAGACAAGGCGGGGAGGGUGUCCAUGUGAAGGACAUUGUCUCAGCCAUCCGUUCUUCGUUGGAGUGCUUUACAUGUCCCUUUAAUAUUUACACGACGCUGGAAAGUCUUCGCUGCGUUUAAAGGUCACUUCAUAGAAAAUGUGAUUGUUAUUGGUGUUAGUCUGAAAUAAAUAACUGGACAGAGUCCUCAAGGCAGCAGUUUGGAUGUGUUUCAACAAUUCUGUGCUCCCCGCUGGCGGGUGUGUGAGGCGUGCUUGCGGUCGCCAUGUUGAAGCUUAAUUUGUCCCACAUGUGUGCAGUGGAAACACUUUUUCCAUUCUGGGCGGAUUCUGGGGGCACUUCCUGGUGCUGACGGCAGCCUGGGGGCAGAGGCGUUGGUUGGGGGCGACUCCCUCUCCCUCUUCCUCCCUCGCAGUGUGUUCUCGCUCGCGCUGCUGUGUGUCGUCCUGACGGCCGUGGAGAUCCGAUUCGGAGCUGGGCACACUGUCUCAGAGCUGAGGAAUGUAAGUUUGCCGCUCUUCGUUCGCCCCGCGACUGCGAUUAAAGAACCGGCCGAGGCUCCGAGUUCCUUUCGCUCUCAGCACAUGCCAGGAGAAACGAGCAUCAGUGUGGUUUCUUGCUGCUCGGAGGGCCCCUAGAGAUCGUCGAGGCUAGAACUCUGGACAGCCAGGAGCUGUGUUGGCCAGCGGCGUCCGUGAGCUAUUAGGCGCCCCGGGCUUUCUCUCUCACGGACUCCAGCUCCGCACGGGAACUCUCGCCCCCGGCCGCAAUGGCUACGCUCAUCAGCGAGAACUUCAGGUUCUUGUCUCUCUUCUUCAAGAGCAAAGAUGUGGUGAUCUUCAACGGCCUCAUUGCUCUGGGCACCGUGGCGAGCCAGACGGCCUACAACGUGUUUGCCUUCAGUUGCCCGUGCUCCUCGGAGCGCAACUACCUGUACGGGCUGGCGGCCAUCGGGGUCCCGGCACUGGCCCUCUUCCUCAUCGGGGUCAUCCUCAACAGAAACACCUGGAACCUGGCGUCCGAAUGCCGAGUGCGCGCCUGCCGCCGGCUUUCGGGUCCGCCCGCCUUCGCGCUGCUGGGCUCCGUCGUGGGCCGGGCGGCCGUGGCCCCCAUCACGUGGUCCGUGCUGUCACUGCUCCGCGGGGAGGCCUAUGUCUGCGCCCUCAGCGAGUUCGUGGAGUCCGCGUCGCUGCAGGGCUUCCCGGCGGGCUAUGGGCGCCGCACCAUGGCCCGCUUCCCCUGCCGAGACGUGCCCGCCGACGCCCUGUCCUUCUGGGGGGAGAUCGAGAGACGGCUCAAGUUCGAGUCUCAGCUGUUAGGUUGGCUGCUGACAGCCGUCACCGCCGUCGCCAUCCUGCUCAUGCUGUGCCUCAAGCGGUGCUGCAGUCCACUGGGGGACCAGCAGGAGGCGUACUGGUCCUACUUCCGCUCCAGCGAGAGCCAGCUGUUCCAGCGCACGGCCAGCAUCCACGCCAAGAUCCUGGCCGCGCAGAGCGUCAAGCGCUUCUUCGGCUUCGUGGCGCUCGACAAGGAGGACAAGGAGCAGCUGGAGGAGUUCGGCGGCGAGAGGCGCAUCCCGAGCACCCAGUGGAACCAGGUCACGGGCGUCUACCUCUACAGGGAGAACAAGGGUGUCCCGCUCUACAGCCAGCUGCACAAGUGGGCCGCGAGCUUCGGCGACAACGACGCGGGGCCCGGCGAUAAGGAGAUGGAGGUCCGAGUGUGACGGUCCAAGGUGCCACGGCGACGCGAGCCACGGCAGCAGCAGCUCCGCCGCGAGAGGACCGGGAGCUCAGGCGGCCGCGGCCGACGUCCUUGGCGUGCGGCACUUGGAGGAUCGCGACCCUUCGCUGAUCUAGCCAUCAGGCCCUUCUCACCUGCGACGUGGAGCGUGAAAACAGGCGGCAAAGCAAAGAGGUUCCUCGGUUUGGCGGCUGGCGCCUGAGUGCAACAAACAAGGUGACAGGAGAAACCACUGCACCUCUGUGUAGGUGAGCAUGCACUGACUCAGCUGUGUGUCCACCAAACACGGUGCCUUCGAAGGGCUGAAGCAGAGUAUCGAACCGCCAGAUAGGAACUCCUGAAGCACAAGUGUGAGCGUCAUGUUGUAUCGCUGUUGUAUCUCUGUUAUAUGUGUGUUACGCUGCUCGGCACACGUCGACCAUGGUGACGUCGCCUCGCUCCAUGUUCAGAGGUGUCCUCGGAGAAGCUCAGCAGCGCCGCUCCCGGCCUGGGUGGGAGCCACUUCCUCCCGCCUCUCUCCUUGGCCCCCCCACCCAGUGAUCACGACGGGGUCAGGAGGUGCAUGACACACUCCACAGCCACAAGGGCACAAACAGUAGCUACUCACACACACACACACACACACACACACACACACACACACACAUUAACAUUGUUUGCAUUUCAUUCAUUCAUUUGAACCAAAGUGCCUGCGGUGUCGUCCAUCGCUCUGCUGUUGGGAACUUUGUUUGGCGAUCGGUGUCACCCAGGUGUGAAGAGACUCUGAAAAGCGUACUGACCCAGACCGAGGAGGGUUUGAGCCCAGAGCACAAGAGCGGUGACACACCCACGGUACCACUGCUAUUUAGGUGAUGCUUCACAAAGCCGUAGGGCAGGGGACAAUAUUAAGGUGUCCUCCAAAGCAUCAGGUCUCUCCCUAAAGGUGAACAGCUGUUGGUGACAUAUAGCUUCCCCAUUCAUGCACACUUUCCUGGACAGAUGGGCACACUUUACAGGACAUUUGUUUUCAGGACAAAAGGACAAUGAGUCCUACUCAGCUUUCAGCUGUCCUUUAUUCUGGAGCUUUUAGGCUGGCAGACGCUCGAACCCCUUGUCUCCGGAUCUUCUCUGUCUCUCAGUCCAGGGGAAGUUGCAGCCCAAACCUACUGUCCUCUUGCUGCAGACAGAAGCUGUCAUGGCAACUGGAAGUUUGUCACCUAGAGCUAAAUGCAUGUGCUGAGGGGUGGAAACCAAGGUGUUGUGUACAGGUGUACCCCUUGGUGUGUGUGUGUGUGUGUGUGUGUGUGUGUGUGUGUGUGUGUGUGUGACA